AUGCGUCUGGCCGUGCUGUCUUCGGGCCUUGCCGCCCUGCUCUUUGGUGUGAGCGCCCAUGCCGAAUCGUAUACGCCAAAGCACGAGCUGGGCCGAUGUGCCUUCCGGGGCCAGUGUGGAAAGCAGAGCAUCUUUGGCAAGGAGCUGCCGUGUGUUGACAAUGGCCUCGCGCACGAUCCGGACGAGGAUCUUCGAAAGGAGCUGGUUGAGCUCUGCGGCGCUGAAUGGGGCGAAGGGCCCGUCUGCUGCAACAUGGAACAAGUCCAAGCCUUGAAAUCCGAAAUGGGUACCCCGAAAACUCUAAUCGGUUCUUGCCCAGCCUGCAAGCACAACUUCUUCAACCUGUUUUGCAAGUUUACUUGCUCUCCCGACCAGUCGACCUUUAUCAACGUCACCGAUGCCGCGCCAAAGAAUGGGAAGCUGCUCGUCACUGAGCUUGACCAGUUAGUCUCUGAAGAAUAUGGAUCGGGGCUCUACGACAGCUGCAAAGAGGUCAAGUUUGGAGGUGCAAACAGCAGGGCCAUGGACUUGAUUGGCGGCGGAGCCAAGAAUUAUCACGACAUGCUUAAAUUCCUUGGCGACAAGAAGCCGUUUGUCGGUUCUCCUUUCCAGAUCAACUUCCCGGAGGAGUACAAGCAGCCUGGUAUGGAGCCAUUGGAGAUGAAGCCUAAGAAAUGCAACGACGAAGACCCGGCCUAUCGAUGUGUUUGCGUCGACUGCCCCGAGGUGUGCCCUACACUACCAGAUGUCAAAGAGGCUGGAUCCUGCCGAGUGGGAAAACUUCCGUGUCUUUCCUUUGCAUCCAUCUUUACGUAUGGCGUCUUACUUCUGGCUCUAUUCACCGCUGUCUUUGGCCACAUUUUCUGGUUCAAAUAUCUCAAGCGCCGUGUCGAAAGGACUCGCCUACUUCACGAAUCAUAUCACAGCGAUGAUGAGGAUGAGGGCGGGCCUAUUCUCACCGAUGCUAUGCGGGAUCAGCCUACGAAACGUUAUUGGCUCAAUGACAAGUGCGACAAAGCGUUCAAUCACUUGGGAAGCUCUGCUGCGAGGUUUCCGGUCCUCACUAUAGGUAUCAGCUUGCUAGUUGUUGGUAUCUUGAGUGCUGGCUGGUUCCGAUUUGACAUAGAGCAAGACCCUGCUCGACUCUGGGUUAGUCCCGCGUCGGCUGCUGCCCAAGAGAAGGAUUACUUUGACUCCAACUUUGGCCCCUUUUUCCGAGCCGAAAAGAUAUUCUUGGUCAACGAUACGGAAUCUUCUGGCCCUAGCCCCGUUCUCAGCUACGAGACAUUGCAGUGGUGGACGGAAGUUGAAAAGAGCGUUGAGAAACUCAAAGGCUCUACCUAUGGAAGCUCGCUUAGCGAUGUUUGUUUCAAGCCUACUGGGGAUUCUUGUGUUGUGCAAUCUGUUACGCAAUAUUGGUACUCAAAGGGAGGAGAUAUUGAUCCUAAUUACUGGAAGGAAGACCUGCGCAGCUGCGCAAGAUCCCCUGUGGAUUGCCGGCCUGCAUUCGGACAACCUAUUGAACCAACCAUGAUUUUGGGCGGCUACGACGACGAUGUCGCUGAAUCGCAAGCCAUCACCGUCACAUGGGUUGUCAACAACGCUCCGGAGAAAUCUGAUACGCUUCUUCGCGCCAUUGAUUGGGAGAAUGCUCUCCGUGAUCGGCUCCUUCAAGUUCAAGAAGAGGCCAAGAGCCGUGGCCUUCGACUGUCCUUUACCACGGAGAUUAGCCUUGAGCAGGAACUCAACAAGUCUACAAACACAGAUGCCAAGAUUGUCGUCAUAAGCUACAUUGUCAUGUUCAUCUAUGCAUGCCUCGCACUUGGCACGCCUCUGAAGCACCUGUUUGGAAACCCGGCGCUGCUGCUCGUCGAAUCGAAAGUCACUCUGGGUCUCGCCGGCAUUAUUAUUGUGCUCAUGUCUAUUUCUGCCUCUAUUGGCUUCUUCUCCUGGGUUGGAUUAAAGGCUACGCUCAUUAUUGUCGAGGUCAUUCCGUUCAUCGUACUGGCUGUCGGCGUUGACAACAUCUUCCUUAUUGUCCACGAGCUUGAAAGAGUCAACAUCAAUUUCCCGGACCAGAUGGUAGAGGAGAGAGUGGCUCGGGCUCUGGGCCGCAUGGGGCCCUCUAUCUUAUUUUCAGCCUUGACUGAGACGUUUGCGUUUGCUCUUGGUUCUGCCGUUGGCAUGCCUGCUGUCCGAAACUUUGCUGCUUACGCCGCUGGUGCAGUUCUUAUCAAUGCUGUUCUUCAGAUGACCAUGUUCGUGUCCUUCUUGGCGUUGAACCAAAUUCGAGUGGAGGAUAAUCGAUGCGAACUCUGGCCGUGGUGGCAAGUCAAGAAAGCCAGAAUCAGCCUCAAUGGUAGCAAUGGCUACCCGCCAGCCACCGGAAGAGGGUCUGAUGCCGAUGAAGAAAGCUACUUGCAAAUCUUCAUCAGGAACACUUAUGCGCCCUUUCUCCUGCGAAGGCAGACUAAAGUUGGUGUUGUUGCUAUCUUCCUUGGUCUUUUGUCAGCUGCUAUCGCCUUGCUGCCAGGCAUCCAGCUCGGACUGGACCAGCGUGUCGCCAUUCCAGAUGGCUCCUACUUGAUCCCCUACUUCAACGACCUCUACGACUACCUAGAAACCGGCCCCCCAGUUUACUUUGUUACUCGCGGAGUUGACGUGUCUCAACGCCCACAGCAGCAAGCCGUGUGCUCAAGAUUCACUACUUGUCAGCCAUUUUCGCUGACGAAUACUUUGGAGCUUGAGAGGCAGCGAUCUGACAUUUCAUACAUCAUGUCCCCGACAGCAAGCUGGAUCGAUGAUUUCUUCCUUUGGCUGAACCCCAUCUAUGAGCAAUGCUGUAUUGAGCGUGGCUCAACUUGCUUUGCAGACCGCCAGCCAGCAUGGAACACGUCUCUUUAUGGCAUGCCCGAGAAUGACGAGUUCGUUCAUUACCUCAAAAAGUUCCUUGCAGCAAAGACUGAUGACGUUUGCCCGCUGGGCGGCCAAGCCUCGUAUGGAGACGCAGUGAUUUUGGAUGACGAGUCUGCACACGUCAAAGCUACCCAUUUCAGAACCGCACACACCCGCCUUCGCAGCCAGGAAGACUUUAUCAAGGCCUACUCUUCUGCUCGCCGCAUUGCUUCAGAUAUCACCAAAGCAACCGGAGCGGAUGUUUUCCCCUACAGCGUCUUUUACAUCUUUUUCGACCAGUAUCUUAGCAUUAUCCAGCUGACUGGCGGUCUUCUGGGUGCUGCUGUCGGUGCCAUCUUUGUCAUUGCGUCGUUCCUCUUGGGCUCCGUUCGCACAUCGGCCAUUGUGACAUUGACCGUCAUCAUGAGUGUCGUUGAUAUCAUGGGCGCAAUGGUUGUGUUCAAUGUCUCUUUGAAUGCCGUUUCCCUCGUGAAUCUCAUUAUUUGCGUCGGAAUCUCGGUUGAAUUCUGUGCGCAUAUUGCUCGAGCCUUCAUGUUCCCCUCGCGAACCGUCAUGGAGAACAGCUUUAAUGUUAACGGAAAAGACGCUCGUGCUUGGACAGCCUUGGUAAACGUUGGUGGAUCGGUGUUUUCUGGUAUCACGGUUACAAAGCUGUUGGGUGUCAGCGUUCUUGCAUUUACGCGAUCCAAGAUUUUCGAAAUCUACUACUUCCGAGUUUGGCUGGCGCUUGUUGUCUUUGCUGCUCUUCACGCCCUGGUGUUUUUGCCAGUUGCGCUGAGCCUUGCUGGAGGUGAAGGCUACGUCGAUCCUGAAAGCGAGGGUACGGCCGCGCAAGAUCUGACUGAUAGACGAUGGCGAGCGAUUACAAUUCACGACAAUAGCGAUUCUGACGAUGACUAUUAG